AUGGUUUCCAUCCCAUCGGUCCCCAAUGCCAGCUACUGGCAGUACAAGGAGGACACCAGUUACGUCCUCAGAUGGAUUGAACAAACGGCUAAGGCUUGUGGAUGGAAGAGGCAGCAAACGCAACAAACCACGCCAGCCCCAUCAUCUGGAGGUUCGAACACACAGAGCAGAACGAACACAAGGGUCCCUACGAAAGAAACCACCGGCACCAAGAUGGCGACAACCUCAGGCAGGCUCAAGGGCAAGGAUCGCAAGGCUGCGAAGCAGCAGGCUGCGGCAGAGAUUGCUGCAGUCAAUGAGAAGAAAAAGAAAGACGAAGGUGAGCGAGGGGUUGUUUUGAGCGCCCUGGAAAUUCUUGAGCAGGCGAAUUCGAUAUCAGCUCGUCUUACAAAGUCCGAUUCCAGUGUAUACCCACCACCGCCAAGUGUGCAAGUAUCUGCCUUAUACCUGCCACGUGAAUUGAACACCGACAAAGCUUCCCGGGAAAUGAAGCUCAUCGUGUGUGGUCGUUCCAUGGCACAUACUGUGAGCUUCGCCACGCCCUCCGUGACAACCGACACACAAGGCGUCCUUCGAUUCGAAGAGUCAAGCCACGUGGUGGAGGAGGGAGGAGAGCCAGUCGACAUGAGCAGUUUGACAUUUUCUUUCUCUGCUAGAAGGCUUUUCUACAUCGCGAUUGCCAAGAAUUGUGUUUUCGCCGAACCUCUUCUUCAGCUGUUCUCGCUCGAUCAACAUGCGUUGUUGAAUGCGGACAUCGACAGGGUUCUCGACCGUGACAGGAGGCUAUGCCGGCUUUUAUUCGGGCUGGUGCGUCUGGGCUUUGCUCCCCCCGGAGAGCCCCUUGAGGGCUGCCCGCAACGGACAAGACAGAAUUGGUCAGUCAGCAAAGAUCCCAUCAUUGCCUGCCUGAUCCCUCUCUGGUCGCGAGGCGAAGUCAACCUCACAAGCGUCUUCGCUGCCGAAGUCAUGCUGGACAUUGAGGAGAUCUGCAGUGCUUUCGCUGCACCCAAAGCAAACUACGAUGAGACGUUCGGCCGUUAUAUGGGCUUACUGGGUCUCGAAGUAGUAGAUGAUGCAGCCCCAGACGGAGGCAUGUUCACCCAUACAAAAGAUAGUCCCCUCGUCAGAGGCUCUGGUUAUGAGGGCUGGUUUGAGAAGGCCAAAGAGAUCCUGAUAAAGGCAUUUUGCUUGUUACAAGUCCCAGCGGACUUCCGUCAUCACUACGCAAGGGAGGAAGCCCAGAGAAAGGAAUUCGACGUGCAUUGCGGGGACUCCCACGAGCUUUACGCCGCACUGGAUCCGCUGUCCCUCAAGCACACCAAAACUGAGUACCAACGAUGUGGUCUAUUCGAUCACAUACGGCUUUUGCCACACAUCAACUAUGUUUUCAAGAGCUAUCCUAUUUUCGCAACGCAUCGAGAAGCCUUCAUGCAGACCCUGGUCGAGUCAGCUGGUAUCGAUAUUCUCAAUGUCAACAAGCAUGGAAUCGGCGCCAUGGCUCACAUCUACAACGCGUCUCGACAGCUGGGGCUAGGCAACCUGAAGUGGCCUACCAUGGACCGACUCAUCGACCUGCACAAGGUCGCCUUGUUUGCCGGCGACAUCCCCACCACCCCGGCCGCCAUGCUCAAGAGCUUUUCACACCGGUACUGGGGCCCGAAGGGCAAGAUGUCACGCAGGGAAAAAUAG